AGCUGGGCUCGCUGGUGUCUGGAUGAGGGAGGACGCGUGGGCCGGCCCGCUCUCACCCGCCGCCCCGCACCUCCAGACGCCGCCCAGACCCGCCACUCGCUUGCCACAAGCCGCUUACUUCGAUUCCCACUGCGCUUAGGACACUCCCCUUAAUUGUAAUGGUGGUGGAGCUUCAUCCUCUUGCCAGGGGCUGUUGACUACUUGGCAUCGUAGCAGAGGGAAAGGACACACGAUUAGUAAUUUUAAACAAUGGCUGAGGACAGUCCAGUGGAGACCCCCAAGCGAAAGCGUGGACGCCCCCCAAAACCUGAUAGUGAAAAGGCAGCCCCCAAGCGCAAGGCAGAGGCUGAUGAAGGAACUGUCCCAAAGAGGGGCAGAGGCAGACCUAAGGGUAGCAAAAAUAAGGGAUCUGGAAAUAAGAAACCUGCAUCUAAGGGCACGGGAAGGCGAGGUCGUCCCCCAAAGAACCCUCCCGCGGCAAAGGAGGAAGCUGCUUCCGAGGAGUCACCUGAGGAUGCUGAAUAAGGAGUGCUGCUGCUGCACUCCACAACCACCACACCCCUGAAAGUAGCUGCCUUUGGAAGGACCACAGUUACCCUCAUAAGAGGAACUGAAUUAGUUCACGGAAAAUGGAUCUGCUGAAGUUUUUCGAUGAGGAAUUUUAUUUCUUAGUGACUAAGGAAACUUUUUCCUAAAUUUGCAGCUCUUACUUAUAUCCCCUAUAAUACAUGUGCUUUAAGGCCUCAAUGUCUUUGUACUUCCAAAUAGCAUAAAAGUACCUAUUUUUCUAUAUAUUUACAUCCAUAACUGCUUCUUAAUUAGGAUUUAUUUAGGGGUCAAGCAGGGGCAUGGUGGUCCAUAUAAUCUUGGUUUUGUAAGUGUUCUCGUACUGCAGGUGUUGUAUUAGUAGGUGUUCUUAUAAAUUUUAAUAACAUUCUCUUUAAAGUACAAAAUGAUUAAUAUCAUUUAAAUUUACUUGUUUUAGUGCUUUACUUUUGGUGUGAAGUUCCUUUUUUUUUGGAACAGUGUCCCUAGUAACCUUCCAUAUCUCAUGGUCUUAGAUCUGAAAAAGUGUUGAAGGUUGUCUCAAGUAUUAUUUUUACUAUGGGACCAAUAGUUCCCAGUGAUUGGAUUUUGUAACAUCAUAGCGGAUUUUUGGCAUUUGUCUCGUUUACUAUUUGAAUAAAUGUUUAAGUGGUAA